AUGUCAAGCUUUCAAUUUGCGAUUUUAUUCCUUUUGGCCCUAGAGGUCUCGGCCGAAUUCAACUGCCGAAAUGAAAGAAACGAGCCCGUGGAUUGGUUUGCAGUGUAUAAAAUGCCGAUAUAUCAAGACACUAGCGCCAAUGGAAUAAAGGAUGGAUUAGCUUUUUAUUACCUUGAUAGCAAUGAUCCAACGACGCUGAGACCAUCCCCAAAUAACCUUAACUCAAGCCAGCAGCCAAUAGCAUACACCCUACAACAACUUUACGAUAAAAAUGGAGACUUAUCUGUGUUUAGUGUGAUGUAUAACGAUGAGCCAUAUGAAGAAUCAGAAUCCGCCAAGAAACGCAAGAAGCGAGCAACGGUUCAGAAGGGACAUACUAAAGGCGUUGUAUUCUCGGAUCAAACCUCUGGCAUUUGGCUCGUCCACUCGGUGCCCGCUUUCCCGCCCCCGGAUCAUUAUAAAUACCCAAAUUCUGGAACUAUCUAUGGCCAAACAAUGCUUUGUAUCAGCUUUGAUUAUAGUGAAUUGGCAAAAAUCGGUACCCAACUUUAUUAUAAUCAUCCCGAUAUCUACCAUUCAAACCUACCGACAGCUAUGAUUGCAACAAAUCCGGAUUUGGCCUUGGUCAUUGGCGGAAAAUAUAUGAAAGAAAUCAACCACUUGGAUUGCCAAGCCCAAUACGCUGUCAAGGACGCCAUGUCGAUUCAUGUCGGGCUUACCGGCGAAUUCUCAUACACCAAAGAUCACACAAAAAUGGCGCGGUCUUCGCAGCCGACAAAGCCUUAUGUCUGCAUUGGGGAUAUUAAUCGAAUGACUUCACAAUUCUCACGCGGAGGUGGUACGCUCUGCCUUCUCGACCAAAAUUUGUGGCAAGCCUUUGAUGUUAUCACAACAGAAAAUGUGUGCCCGGUC